AUGGCCUACUUCUUGCCUUCAUUCUUCCAGAAACGGCUGCUCCGAUAUGCCUUGUCUCGCCUGGAGCUUGUUGAUACCGAGGCACUGGAUCUUGACAGCCUUGGCAUUCGCUGGGGUCAACGGAGCACAGUUGAACUACGGGAUAUAGGCUUGAAGCUCGAGAAACUAGCCUCACUACUUCAUCUUCCUCCCUCCAGCGAACUUCUCAGCGCUCGAGUCCAGUUUUUGAAACUCACGGUACCUGCCGAUAUCUAUAGCAGUGGCAUCAUUUGCCAAGCAAGCGGGAUCGACGUACACCUAAGGCUACCGUCGGAGGAAACAUGCCGUGCCGGCGGGAGCAGCAAAGAUACCGAGCAGGAAGCUUCAUCACCAUCAUACAGUGAUGAUGGCUUUUCUCAUGAGCCGAUUCUUCCCAAUCCAACCGACCUUGCACAGUCAUUCCUUAAGGCCGAGCCGAAAGAAGAAAAAGAGGAGCUGCAGGCCGCUAUCUCAUCCCGGUCUCAAGUCCUACAGCGCACCUCAUCAUCUUUCAGCGAUGAUGAAGAGGAGGUCGGCCUGGGAAGUGAAGGUGUUUCAUUGCCGAGCUUUGUUGCUGCAUUCUUGAAGGGUGUCGCAGAGCGCCUGGAGGUUCAAAUCGACGACAUCUCUGUGAGGUUGGAGAUGGAGACGAAACAAGAGGGGCCUUUGAAGAGACAGCCAGAAGAGAAGCCAGAUUCAAUAACAGGCCUACUGAGCAUUCGCCAAGUUAGGGUGAAUGCGGUGUCUUCUUCCGAGUCCGAUGAAGCCCUUGCAUGGACGGGGAAGCGAUUGGUUUCUCUUUCAGAUAUUAACUUGGCCUUGAUAUCUGAGCCUAUAGUUUUCUCAAACUAUGCCCACUUCACGGAACCACACGUGUCCCCUUCUACUCCCGUACAGCCAAAAUCCAGCUUUCCUCCGAGUAGAACCGCAUCACCUCCCCGUGCAACAUUAUCUUCAAGCUCUGUGCUUGACUUGUCCAGAUCAACUAUUUUUGAACGACCACCGGAGGUUGCUAUGUCUGUUUUGGGUGAUCGCAGCGAACCUGAAAUGGGAGGGUCCGUUUACACCUAUGACGGUCGGUUCUCGGAUGCGGAUACGGAGGAAGAGACUAGGAGUUAUGGUUACCUUGAAGACUCCCAAAAUCUCUCAGAUGGUGAUAAAUUAUUGGACAACCCUGCUUAUCUUGACUCUGUCAUUGAUGCUCAAUUACAUGAUGCUGACAUCGAAUGGCCGGGUAAUCUACAGCCCAAAGACAGCCAAUCCAAUUUAAGCAACAGAGAAAUAUCACAGCCCCAUAGCCCUGAGUUUCAGAUCACUGGGUCCGCAUUCCAGUACAAUGCCGCACAGAAGGCUUUGAUUUCCACUGGUUAUGAAUCGGAGCUGAACAGUCAUGUGUCUCCAAGCGAUAGUCAUCAUUAUCAUUCAGAAUCUGGUACGAGUUCUACUCGGCAAACACGACCUGAAACUACAUCAAAUGACACGCCACAAUUUGAUGAACAUGAGCUGAGGGCCCGUAUCUCUGCACCUCCAUCUGAAGCUGAUAGUACAAGCACGGCUUCUGGCUCUUUUCAGGAUGCCGACCUUUCGGAAUCCAAAUUGUUCUCUAAUGAGGAGGCUCAAAGUAUGUACAUGAGUGCAAUCAGCCAAGGAUCGACUUCGAGAACCUUUGUACCCAAUAUCCCAGGUGCUUGGGACUCGCCCGAGUCUACGAUCACAAAAGAUCAUAGUGUCUAUGGGCUAUAUACAACUAUUGAAGACGACGAAAAAAUUGGAUAUGAAGAUGACAGGCACAGUGAAACAAUUACAACCCCAAAACUCAUUGCUCAAGCAGCACCACAUUUUUCACAGAGGCACUCAGUCGACAGUGGCUCAACAGCAAACCCCGAAACGGCUGAUAAAGGAUCAACUGAAUAUUCACCAGGGCUGAAUAAACCACCGGAUGUUGCAAAAAAGUUUUUUAGUGUUGACAAGAUAUUAAUAUGGUUACCCUCAUCUGAUGCAGAUGGAGAGUUCUCGGAGAGAGCGUCACCAGUACCUGGAGGAAUGGAAAGUGAUAGCUUUAAGAAACCAGCUGCUCAGUUGGGAGAAUAUGGAUCCGAGAAUGACUUGUAUGCAUCAAGGGCCCACAUAUCUACAAGAAAUCGUGGAGAUUCCGUUGGGUCGUCCCUCCAUCCUGAAUGUAUUGAAUCGGGGUAUAUACGCAGACCGGAAGAGAAGGAUCGAGAGUCAUACUCCAGUGAUAAGCGAAACGACAUAGAAGUGGAGAUAUACUCGGUCGAAGUACAGUUUGACAUCGCCAUUGGGUGGCUUAUAGUGAAAUUUGGCCAAAAGAUCCUCUAUACUUUUGAUCAAGACGGUAAUUCGGUCCCUUCGAAGACGCAUUUGCAAAAGGACGUACAAAGACGAAAAGCUCUCAGCCUGUCACUAAGGAAGUUUUCCAUCAAAUUUAUCGAGCAUGUGCCGGGACACGCAUACCCUUUCGAAGACUCACAAUUGCAUUCUCCUACACUCUUUAGUCUCCUCCAUGAAGACAUUGUACUACAAACCACAGCGUCAGGCUUGAGAGCCUACUGCUCGUCAGAAAAUGAUAGGACAAUAUUCCGCUUAGACGUUACCAAAUUUACGCUCGGAUUUGCCUCUGAAAACCUACUUUCGUUUAGUGAGGACUUAAAAAUGCGCGAAUCUACAAGGGAUGUCUUUUCACCUGUAGAUGGUGAUAUUUCCCUCUCAUUGACCAAAUCGCCGGAGUUUGCAAGUGCCAACCUCACUACUCUUCCCCUUCACCUCAAUGUCAACGCACAACGCUUGGAGGAAGUUGUUGGUUGGUUUGGUGGGCUGAGUACCAUUCUGGAUCUCGGGAGCUCGAUUUCAUCAAUUUCGGCCACAAAAGCGUCGAAGAAGGACUCAGCAAAGCGAACUCGUGGCGUACGCUUCGAGACUUCACCCUCAACUCCAGCUCCGAAGGCAUCCCAAAGUGACUCGGUGUCAUGGAAGGUAAACACUCGUAUAGGCGGUAUGGCAGUCGAUGUCGCUGGAGAAACUCACUACAUAAAGUUAAGAUCUACAGCGGUCAAACUAGUCAGCAGGUCUGAAGGAAUCGGAAUCCAAAUAGACAAAGCUAAAUUAAGUGGGCCGCUGCCUCUUGAUGAUGAUGCGAGAGAUGCACCUGCCAAAAUAAAUCUGAGUAACAUCCGAGUUGAAUACCUCUACACUCCUAAGGAGACAGAUUUGGACCGUCUUCUCUCAUUGAUAACGCCUUCCAAUGAUAAGUAUGACGAAGACGAUGACAUUAUGCUGGACACUCUUUUCCGCCAGCGGAGGCAGGGCUCUGUGCUUCGUACUACAGUCGCUGGGGCUAAAACUGUGGUGGCUCGUACGGCUGACUUGGAAGCCUUGCUUCAACUUGGAGAUGAGGUGGGAAGGCUGUCCAAUGUUACCAAAUAUUUGCCUGAGGAUGAUCGCCCUGGAAUUCUGACCCUCACUCUGAUUCGUGAACUCGAGACCCAGAUACAUAUAGGAGGGAAUGUGGGAAAGUUGACCGCACGCAUAAGCAACGCUGAAGCGGCUUAUAUUAGCCUUCCGUCGCUUGUCGCAGCCCAAUUAGGAUCAAUACUAGUCGUCAGGAACGGCAAUGAGGAGCUCAUAGGCGAAGCACUGCACUUGGGAAAGGGGCAAACUCUAACUUCUCAGUCAGAGAACCCAAUCCUAAUGGCUCGGUUUAUUGCCGACGAGAUGGAGCCUACUAUCAAGGUCAAAUUGCAUAAUUUACGAGCAGAGUACACCUUAUCGUCGAUAGUUGCAUUCCUAGGGCUUGGUGAUGAUCUGACUACUGGGGACGUUGCUUCUAACAUGGCAACUUCGCUGGUCAACCUUACUGAAUUCCGGUCUUCACAGCACGACGUUCAAAACUCAGUGGAGGCACAAACCCCCAAGACUCCUCCAAAGCCUACCAAGUUGGCGGUUGCUUUGCGGGACUGUAUUAUUGGUCUUAAUCCCCGUGGAACGUCUGCAAAAGGUUUGGUUGUUCUCACGAAUGCCAACUUUUCUGGCACUAUUCAUGACAAUAUAUCCUCGGAAGCCCUUCUAGACCUUCGGAAGGCAUCGGUGAUGAUCAUUGAUGACGUGAAGAAUGUGGGAUUCGCAGAUACCCAGCAUCACAGAAGCUCAACUGCUCCACGGAGUGAUCAAAUCCAGAACCUCAUUGAUAUGGGUUUCGUGUCUGUGUGUUCAAUGUCUUCAGCAACAGCUACUACAAGAGUAAUGCGCCCUAGCGUUGAUGCCGCCAAAUCACUCGAUGUGGAGCUGAAAGACCUGUUCGUUAUUCUUGAGACCUGUGCAGAUUCAACGCAAAGCCUCAUAAGCAUUGUGAAUGGACUGCAGCCCCCGACUCCACUUAGCGCUGUUGUCAAAUAUCGGACUGAAGUUCUCCCAAUUCAGGACAUGCUAGCGUCGUUCUCUGGGGAUGCAUUUGUUACCUCUCCAGCCUCGGGGGCAGGAGAGACUUCUGAAGCCAACCAUGACCAGACAGGACCACACCAUAGCGGGAAAGAACAUAUAGAAGAUGAGCUGGAGUACGUCAGCGAUUUUUAUCCAGUGAAUCCAGGGCCGGAGUAUGGCUCUCUGCAUGAAGGAAUGAUGGACUCAGGGUCAAAUGACCUUCUUGAUAGUUUUCAUUCGCAGUAUUACGUAUCCUCUAGUGUUUCUGACUUAGAGUUCCGCGACGACCACUUUGCUCAGCAAUCUGCUGUUGGAGGAACAGCGCACAGAUGGGACUCAACCGAAAACACAUACGGGCUUUCCGACGACACAAAACUCCAGAAAAGUCCUUUGAGGAUCAGGGUCCGCGACGCACAUGUUAUAUGGAAUCUUUUCGAUGGAUAUGACUGGCAGCGAACGAGAGACACAAUAUCGAAGGCUGUGAAAGAUGUGGAGAAAAAAGUCACGGAACGGCGUACUAGGGCUGGUUCUCACGCAUCACCUGGCUUUGACGAGGACGAGGAGUCUGUCAUUGGCGACUGCCUAUUCAACUCUAUAUAUAUUGGUAUCCCGGCAAACAAGGAUCCACGGGAUCUCCGCAACGAUAUCAAUCGCAACAUUGAUGAUCUUGUUAGUGAGACUGGGAGCUAUGCAACUACUACCACGGUCACCGGAGCCACGGUACGGCAAAACCAACCAUCCUCGUCGAGAAAAAGACUGCGUCUAUCCCGAAGCAAAUAUCAUAAAAUGACGUUCGAACUAAAGGGCAUCUGCGCAGACCUGGUCGUCUUCCCACCUGAGUCUGGAGAGACACAAAGUUCCUUAGAUGUUCGAAUCAACGACUUGGAAAUAUUUGAUCAUGUUUCGACAUCAACCUGGAAGAAAUUCGCCACUUACAUGCACGAAGCGGGUGAGAAAGAAAGCGGGACCAGCAUGAUACAUCUGGAAAUACUGACCGUGAGACCUGUGCCCGAGCUGGCUGCAGCUGAGAUUGUUCUCAAGGCAACUAUCCUUCCUCUUCGGUUGCAUGUCGAUCAAGAUGCACUGGACUUCAUGUGCCGGUUUUUUGAGUUCCGCGACGACUCUGCUCCCGCUCCUAGUGCGCCAGAGGAUAUCCCUUUUCUACAGCGAGUCGAGGUCAAUGCGAUUCCAGUCAAGCUCGAUUUCAAGCCCAAACGAGUCGACUACGCUGGUCUUCGAUCAGGUCGCACGACAGAGUUCAUGAAUUUCUUUGUGCUGGAUGGGGCUGAUAUGGUCAUGCGACAUGUCAUUAUCUAUGGCGUCUCUGGCUUUGAUAAGCUGGGGCAGACACUUAAUGAUAUAUGGAUGCCCGAUAUUAAGAGAAAUCAACUGCCAAGCGUGCUGGCCGGUCUAGCUCCCAUCAGGUCCCUAGUCAAUGUCGGAGGAGGAGUGAAAGAUUUGGUCGUCGUUCCCAUGCGCGAGUACCGAAAGGAUGGUCGUAUCGUAAGGAGCAUUCAAAAGGGCGCGCUUGCAUUUGCGAAAACGACGUCGAAUGAAUUGAUCAAGCUAGGGGCCAAACUCGCCAUUGGCACGCAAACCGUUUUACAGGGUGCGGAAGAUCUACUAACCACUCCCAGUGCACCGUUAGUGGGCAUGGAAGAGGAUAUAGCAGAUGAAGAGGAGGCGAAGAGAAUCUCUCUUUACGCUGACCAGCCGGUGGGAGUGGUGCAGGGCCUUCGCGGUGCUUUUAGGGGUUUAGAACGCGAUCUGCUCCUGACUCGAGAUGCCAUUGUGGCCGUUCCAGGAGAAGUAGUGGAGAGUGGCAGCGCCAAGGCGGCCGCGAAGGCCGUGUGGAAGCGUGCCCCUACUGUUGUGCUGCGACCUGCGAUUGGAGUAUCGAAAGCCGUGGGACAGACGCUCCUGGGAGCUGGGAAUACGUUGGAUCCCAGUAAUCGGCGGAAAAUGGAGGAUAAAUACAAACGCCAUUGA